GUAUUCAGGGGAUUGCAAGUUGUGGAGGGCAACUAUCAACCGAUGGAAGAGUAGGGGAGAAGGCAGAGCCCCAGACAUGAAGCGCGAGCACUUGGGGAAAUCUCUUGAAAAGGUGCCCACAUAGCUGUCGACUGGCCCGCAGGUGUGCGCUUGAGAAAUCUUUGCACUUACCGGAUACUCCACUCUUGUUCAUCACUCUGCACUCCACCGAUUAUCAGGUCAUCUGCUAAAUGCGAGCAGCGGGCAGGCCGAACUCACCCAGAGGUCGACCCAGUCAACAGGGCUGGAGGUCUGGACGCGUGUCAUGAUGUGAGUGUGCAGUAGACAGUAUAUGUGGCACCGAGACCCGUUUAAUCCGUCCGAUCGGUGAUCCUAGUGUGGCUCAUUCUGACUGGCUUUCGAACGUAUGUCCAUGGCAACAUAUAGUAAACCCUAAAGAGACGACAGAAGAGAGAAGAAAUAUAAGCCAUGACGACCAUGGGGAGGAGCAGGGCCGGACUCAGAAGGACGGAAGGAAUGAUGGCAUACGGUACAGCAUGUCUACGCUCUAUCAUACCAUCCCCGAGGGAAGCAGGGAUGGAAGGAAAAGGUUAGCGCAGGCGACGAAGGAUUUUCCGAGUCCCAGGAGGAACGCAGUCCUGGUCCAGUCUGCAGCGCCCGAGAGGACUGGAAGGACGAAGUCAGAGCGGAGGCGAGGAGCGCUGUGAGGAGCCUGAGCCUGAGGACUCAAGAGCAGAAGCAGAGACAGCGAGGGGUGGAGAGGAGUCUGCGCCUAUGAGGGGAGUUCAAGGACGGACGGGAGUGCGCGUGUGCGCGCGCAUUGCCACCAUCUUUGUGGGCAAUCCAGUGAAAGGAGUGGGAGCUGAGGAUUGAGGCUCCCCCCACCUUCCUUCAGGGUCCGGUGCUUAAUAAGGGAAGGGGUGCCGAGGGCGCUUGGCCAAGCCGAUGGCGGCGGGGGUUUUAGUUUGGAGGAGGAAGAAUGUGGCGAGGGAAGAAGAAGGGGAAUUGGUAGAGCGACCCGGAACCAGAACCAGAAUACGCCAGCAGAAUUACUUCUUCUUGGUUCUGGGACAUGGAAGGUAAUGCGAGUCUGGUGCAAGAUGAUGCAGGGUCCCAGGUGUACGUGAGCAAGAGGGGAGGACGUUGGAGUCCUCGGACCAGACAGUAGGAACUGAAUGAGUGAGAGCGUAGCAAGUGAGGGCGAGAGAAGUGAGAAAGGUGACCAAACAUCUCCAGCGUGAGUGUUGAGUUGGUCAAUUUUGGCUCUAUGAUGGAGGAUUCGAGAGGGAGGGUCUGAAGGCGGUAUAGUUCCGGCAGUCCUUUAGGCUGAAGGCAGCCAUUUCAGGGGAGGAAGAUGGUUUCGGAUGCUGACAUUGUGAGGCGUCUCGCCAGCUUUCUUCGAAAAGCCGAUCUUUCCACGACGACAACUGGCGUUGUCCGCAAGCAUCUUGAGAAGGAAUUGGGUGUAGAUCUCACUGACAGGAAGUCAUUUAUUCGGGAACAAGUUGAUUUAUUUCUGGAAAAACAGCGGCAAGAAGAAGCAGACGAAGAAGAAGCACAAGAGCAGAAGGAGUCCAGAGUGACAAGUGAAGACGUUGCCCAAGACGGAGAAGAGCAGGAGGAGGAAGAAGAAGAAGAAGAGGAAGAAGAAGAGCAGGAAGAGGAGAAGCCAACGAGAAGGACCAGACAGUCCCACGCUGAACCAGAUUCCAAAAGAUUCAAAGCUAAGAUCGACCGAGCCAUUAAAGCUAGUCUACCUAAAGAGAAGAAAAAACGAGCCGGCGGUGGCGGGGGUCUGAAUAAAGUUUGUGGGCUCUCACCUGAGCUACAAGCAAUAAUUGGGGAGGCAGAAUUGCCCAGAACUCAGGUGGUGAAGCAGCUUUGGGUAUAUAUUCGGGAAAAGGAACUACAAGACCCCGACAACAAGAGGAAGAUUCUUUGUAACGAUGAGCUACGAGGGUUGUUCGGUGUGGACUCCACAGACAUCUUCAAAAUGAACAAGCUCUUGUCUAGACACAUCUGGCCUCUAGAUAAAGCAGCCUCAGGUGAAGAAGAUCGGAAGGUAAAAAAGCAGAAGACGGAGAAACCUCCCGCUGAAAGGCCAAAGACGGAGAAGAAGGAGGAUGUAAAACCGAAAAUCGAGAAAAAGGACAGCGGAAGGGGACGCGGGAAUGGACUUUCUCCCUUAUCAGAAAAACUUAUUGAGUUUCUAGGGACGGACGAAACAGAAAUGGCCCAGACCGAUGUGGUGAAACACAUCUGGGAUUAUAUUGGGGAUCAUCACUUACAGGACGCUGCAGACAAAAGAACCAUUAUUUGUGAUGAGAAGCUUCAGGACCUUUUUGGAUGUGAUACAUUUGUGGGUUUUGCCCUUACAAAGCUUAUAGCUCCUCACCUCAAAGGAUAAAGUUUACCCUCCACAGUUUUUAGGCAGGACCAGGAGCUCAUGAUUGUUACAAAGCACUCUGCAGUCACAAUACAGAGUUAGAAUCGAAUGAAGAACAAAGGAAUCUUCAGUCAGGGAACAUAGUUAGAUAUCAAAGAGGAAAAUUUUCCGCGCUUUGAGGUUUAUGUGCAGUCUGGUGAGACACGUCGAGGAUAUAGUCGCCCACUCAGACGCUGAAACCCAGAAGUUUCUGCUGUUGCGGCGCCUCUUGCUCCAAGAGACACAAGAUUUUAGAUACCGACUGAAAGAGGGCUUGCACAUUUCUCUGGCGAUUAAUACCUGUUGGCAACCUCAAAGCAGUGCCAUGAAGUCACAAGAAGCACAGGGAGAGAUGUUUCUGUGCUUCAGUUCGGAUUAUCUGAAUCCUAGUACUUUUCUGCAGCCUGGUAUAACGUGGUCUUGUUUCUUUUGAGAGUCCGCAGUACAGGUAUCUCUAUCCUUGUUUGUGUUCAUAGGGAGAUCUGUACAUCUGGUGGCUGGAUGUGCGACCAAUUUUGUCAGACGUGAGAUGGCCUGAGCAUCUUGACGAAUUCACUCAGGCAGCAGUUGCCUCAGUCGGAUGUUUUCUCCACGCAAGGGAAAUUCCAUCCAAAAUUAUGCGGCCAUGUCCGUCGUCGCAGCUUUUCAGACUGCGCGACCUCUUGCAGAAAGAGAGGGUCUGAAAGUUUUAAAAUUGUUCACGUCAAGAAUGCUGUUUCAGUGUCUUCUACACCUCCUGUUUCUUUCGAAUGCCUGUGAUCUGUGUCAGAACCUUUGCAAGUACGCAGUGUCUAUGGCAGAUGUUUUGGAUUCUGUGGAGACUUCUCAAGAGACUUCGUAAUUCAGUCCGCCUUCAGUUUCCUCAUCUUGAUAUGCAAACUGAAUGCCGUCUUGACCAGAACUAUGUAAGGGAGUCCCAGUUUUGGGGCAUGUCGUUUAGUUGUCUGAGAAAACUGUUGCGCAAGGCGAAUAUUGCAUCUGGGAGCAGUCUGUGGUUGCAGCCUGUUACAAGUCUUCGAAGAAUGCUGAAAUGGUUUGUGGAGAAAGAGUCCAUCAGCGUCACUAAGUAGGUUUGGAGUCAACCAAUAUCAUCCUGUGUCGUAGAAACAGCGGACAGAAUGUGAGCAAACUGUAGCUGUAACAGCUCUGUGCUUAAAAUGGUGCCUAUUUCUUCAUUGUGACACGCCUUCCACCAAUACGCAACUAUUCUGAAGCUUGUGAUGUGAAUGGGCUUUAUUGUGCUGGUAUACACUCGCAUCAACUUACGGCUCAUCCCUUCCUACCUUGUUCCGAUUGCCCUAACCUGAAGAAAAGACAUGAGAACCAGCCUACUUAUCAUGCGAUGGUGAAUAACAGAGGCCGAAGGUCCAGUGAAGUGAUUGCCCGAAUGUCUGGUGCUUGAACUAGACCGUAUGUCCUUUCGUAUUGCUGU